CAAAAAUUGACAGUUGGGGAAACCUCAGCUCCGUCAAACGAAUCGCAGGACGUUUGGCUGACGUAAGACGCAACCGAGCUACGUAACGCGUCACCGCCAACGUCGUCUCCUCGGUCCGGGUUGUAUUGAGAGCACAACAUGGCUCUUCAGGCUUUGACAGGUGAUGGUGAUGACCUGGAGGAGCUGUUACAGAGGGUCAUUCCCAACCAAGAUUACCUGUGUAAUCCUGACAGGUCGCCAUCUCUGCCAUGGGACAGGUUCGCUGCCUGGGUUCACUGCAUCUGCGUGGUCGGCUUCGACCUGGAGCUGGGGCAGGCUGUCGAAGUAAUAUAUCCUCCUCAUGCAAAGCUAUCUGACAAAGAGAAAACAAGUAUUUGUUAUUUAUCCUUCCCAGACUCUAAUUCAGGUUGCCUCGGAGACACACAAUUUUGUUUCAGAAUUCGGCAGUCAUCCAAUAGAAGGAAUUCAUUUGAUUGCCUGUUGGACCAAUAUGACAGAGAUGCUCCUGUUUAUUUGAAGAAAGAUUCUGCCCAUUACUAUGGUUAUGUUUAUUUCAGACAAGUUCGUGACAAAACCUUAAAAAGAGGCUACUUUCAAAAGUCUCUGGUGCUGCUCAGUAAACUCCCCUAUGUUAACUUUUUCCAUUUCCUGCUGAAGUUGAUUGCACCAGAGUAUUUUGACAAAAGCGAGCCUUGUCUAGAAGCAGCCUGCAAUGAUAUAGAUUGUUGGCCUGCACCAAUCCCUGGCAAGGCACUAAAUCUUCCCACAAUGGGGAUCGUUAUAAAGGUUAGAAUUCCUACUUUGCAAGAUAAACCUGGUGCAACCCAGAUAAUACAGUCUGAAGAUGAGAUUGAUACACAAGUCUCUUUCGCACUCCCUAAUAUUCAUGAAGUAGACCUGUUCAGGUGUUUUUGCCCAAUUUUCUUCCACAUUCAGAUGCUUUGGGAACUUGUGUUACUAGGAGAACCUCUUGUUGUUAUGGCACCAUCACCUGCUGAGUCAUCAGAAACCGUUCUGGCCUUGGUUUGCUGUGUCUCCCCGUUGAAAUACUGCAGCGAUUUCAGGCCAUACUUUACUAUCCAUGACAGCGAAUUUAAAGAAUACACCACCAGGACACAGGCCCCACCAUCUGUGAUUCUUGGAGUGACCAAUCCUUUCUUUGCUAAAACAUUACAACACUGGCCUCACAUUAUCCGAAUCGGGGACAUGAAGCCAGCAGGUGAUAUUCCAAAACAGGUCAAGGUGAAGAAAUUGAAAAAUCUGAAGACUUUGGACUCAAAGCCUGGUGUGUACACUUCCUAUAAAACGUUCCUGAGCCGAGAUGAAGAGAUAAUAAAACAAGUGCAGAAGGGUAUACAGCAAAAGCGACCUUCAGAAGCACAAAGUGCAAUUCUUAGACGUUACCUUUUAGAACUGACACAAAGUUUCAUCAUUCCAUUGGAGCGAUAUGUAGCCAGUUUGAUGCCUUUACAAAAGAGUAUUUCACCAUGGAAGAGUCCACCUCAGUUAAAGCCUUUUAGUGAAGAAGAGUUCAUGAAAACUUUGGAAAAAGCAGGGCCGCAACUAACCUCUCGUUUAAAGGGCGAUUGGAUCGGUCUGUACAGACAGUUCCUGAAAUCUCCAAACUUUGAUGGUUGGUUCCGGUCAAGGUGGAAAGAAAUGACACAAAAAUUGGAGGCAUUGCACCUAGAGGCCUUAUGUGAUGCAGAUUUACUGAUAUGGAUUCAGAAGCACACAGAAGUUGAGGUGGUGGAUUUGGUAUUGAAGUUGAAAGAGAAGUUGGUGCAAGCCAAGCAACAUUGCCUUCCAAUAAAACAAAACACAUUGGAGAAACUGCAAAUGCACAUUGAAGCAAUCAUUUUAUCACUGCCAGAAGACCUGCAGAGCAUCUUGCUAAAAAAUGGCACUACAUGAUCUUUGCACCCUUCCCCUGAAGGGCAUUUUAACUAAGAACAGUACAAAAAAAAACUCGAACAGUAUUGAAAAAUAACAGGGGAAGAAAAUUAUCAUAUCUUUUGAGAAGGUUCUUUUCAGUGUGUGACUACAUGCCAAGGUGAAGACACAGACAAAGUUAUUAAAUCACUGUUUAAGAUGAGUGUGUUUGUGUAUAAGAUAUGCGAUUAUAUUAACAAUCAAGUUUCACAGGAAGACACUGGUAGCUACCAUUAAUGAAAUUGGUACAGGAAUUGCCAAUACCAGUAGAAAAAUAACAGUGUGAGUUUUACUACUAAUAUUUGUACUGCAUAUUAUGUAUCAAUAAAUAAAAGCUGUGCAAAUACCAGUACUGGUAUUUUGCUUAGAUGCAUAUUUUAAUUUGGCUACACUUUUAUAUAAAAUGUCUAUUCUCGUAUAUGUUCCUAAACUAACAGUAAUUUGUAGGAUUAAGUGUAUUUGUAUUUAAAUAAGUAACUGUGAUAUAACUUUUAAGAACGAAUAUUCAAAAAC